AAAAAAUAGUAAAUAUUAUUAAAAUGAUACAUAUAUUUUUGACCCAUUUUUAAUUCAACAAAAAGCACCCAAAAAAUAUAUAUUCUCCGACUACUCAUCAGAGCCGAUGGCAAAAAUAAUCGGUGAUUAGCCAGCCAUCAAAAUCAUCAUUGACGGCAGCACUUCUAAAUUCAAUGAAUGCAUUGCUGCGCUGUGCUCACUUUCCCUCCAAAAUUGAGGAAGUUAGAGAUUCCAUUGCAGUUUGCUCACCCUGAAAUCACCAUAUUUCUCCCCUUACUCAUACAUCCAGCACCCACCCACGCACGCCCACACCCACGGUAACCUUGCCACAAAACCUUUGGAUCCAAAGUUAUCUUGCCUGGGACAGCACCGGACAUCUUGAGCAGGCAUUAACUGUGUUGAGAUUGUACUUUAUCUGAUAACAUCUAGAAAGAAGCAAAUGGGUGGCAUCACUAGUUAGGACAACAUUAAGAAAAAAAAAAUAUAUAUAUAUAUAUAUAUAUAAAAUUAGAUAAGGACAAAGGGUUUCAAUCAGAAAUCUGAUGCUACAUGUCACAGCUGCCAUGAAUGAGAAUAGACAUCCAAUCCAUUUGAAAUCAAAUGGAUUGGAAAAGUUAAUAGUACUAUUUUUAUUCAUUCAUUCAUUCAUUUUCGGAGCCGCUUAUUUUCACAUGGGUCGCGGGUGUGCCGGAGCCUAUCCCGGCUAACUAUGGGUGGUAGGCGGGGUACACCCUGAAUGGGUUGCCAGCCAAUCGCAGAUUUGUUUUUAUUCCAUUUUUAAAAUUGAAAGACAAAAGGUUCAUCAUCACUUGGUUUUUAAUUUGUUCAAAAGUGAAAAACAGUAAAUAGUUUUUUAUUCUAUUAAGUUUGAAAUACUGUAGCAUAUUUAAUUUAGUUUAAAUGGCAAAAAAAAAAAAAAAAAAAAAAAAAACCUAAAUAACCUAUCCCUUUAUUAAUUUUAUUUUUGGGGGUCAAGUCUAACCAUCCCCCAAAAAUGUUUAUCUAGUUUUAUUAAAAAUGACUUUUCCUUAAUGAAAUGAAGUUCUUAAAACUAUCUUGAAUGCUUCUUGAAUAAUUUUAUACGAUUUUUGUGGAACAUUUCGAAGUUUCAACACGGAAGCGUUGUCUCUUACGUGUGACGUACGUACGUACGUCGAUGUGACGCAAAGUAGGCGUGCACUGCCACGCAGGCAUUGAGAUGUCAACCAAUGGCAGAGCGAGGAGGCGGGUGCUAGUUGAAGCGAUCCCGAUGGCCACGUAGCUAGCUACCAAAUGUUAGCAGGCUAGCGCACGUCAGCAAGAAUUUGCAAAUGGAUUUGCCACAUCAAGGAUACCGAGCAAGUAAACAGCGGGGUCGCGGCCCCCCGGCGGCCGGCGAGUCGAUGCUUUUCGACGACACCAGCACCUCGGCGAUGAGCGCCCAGGGUAGUUAUUACACUCCGGGCUACAACGUGGCGGGACCCCCGACCGACGCGCGAGGCGGCGUCAACAACUUGUUCUCCGAUCCGAUGGCCAACGCCGCCGUCAUGUACGGAUCGUCGCUGGCCAACCAAGGCAAGGAUAUGGUCAACAAAGAGAUCAGCAGAUUCAUGUCUGUGAACAAGCUGAAAUAUUUCUUUGCUGUGGACACCAGAUAUGUGCUGAAGAAACUCAUGAUUCUCAUGUUCCCGUACACGCACCAGGAUUGGGAGGUUCGCUACCACCGAGACACUCCGUUGACUCCGAGACAAGACGUGAACGCGCCCGAUCUUUACAUCCCAACCAUGGCUUUCAUUACCUACAUUUUACUGGCCGGGACGGCUCUGGGCAUUCAAAAAAGGUUCAGCCCGGAGGUGCUCGGACUCUGCGCCAGCACGGCUCUGGCGUGGGUGCUCAUCGAGGUGUUGGUCAUGCUGCUUACUUUAUACUUGCUGACGGUGCACAGCGACCUGUCCGCUUUUGACCUGGUGGCCUACAGCGGAUACAAAUACGUCGGGAUGAUCUUCAGCGUGCUUUGCGGAUUGCUGUUCGGGAGCGACGGCUACUUUGCGGCUCUCGCCUGGUCCUCUUGUGCCCUUAUGUUCUUCAUCGUCCGCUCCCUGAAAAUGAAGAUCCUGACGUCGCUGGCGUCCGACUCCAUUUCGACCGGAUCCGGCGCCAGACCCCAAGUGCGCAUGUACAUCACCGUGGCCGCCGCCAUCUUUCAACCGCUCAUCAUUUACUGGUUGACCUCUCACCUGGUCAGGUGACCGCCAGGCGUCGACGGGAACCCCCCCCCUCCUGUUUGAACUCGUCCCGACGCUUGUAAAAAUAGUGUACUCGACUUUACCGAAUUGUAUGAAAUGUUUGAAAAGAGGCCGCCAUCUUGUCGGAUGCGUUUCCUUCAUUCAAAAAUGUCACGUAUACUUGGCGUUCCGGUCACCGGACGUCCGGCGCCGUCAACGGUGGCCAAUGAGUUGAGGAGGUUUUUAUUUAUCUGAAAGCGUGACAAUGUUUGAAUUUUUGUAGAAGCCAAAAUAAAUACAUGCACCUUUGUGUUUUCAAA